AUGCUGCAUGCAACUUCGAGAUCUCUUUCCACGGACGGUCCCAGGUCCCAAUUCACGUACCGAGAUCUCCGCCGCCUUGGCAACUACUCACCACAGUCGCCCUUACGCGUGAUCGCACUCGUCGAUUAUGAUGCUUUCUACGCACAGUGCGAAAUGGUGCGGUUGAAAUUGGACGCCUCACAGCCGCUGGCAGUUCAACAAUGGAAUGCAAUAAUCGCACUCAAUUAUGCUGCCCGCGGCUUCGGCUUUUCUCGCGGUGCUUCUGUGGAAGAGGUGAGGCGGCUUUGUCCCAACAUCAUCAUGCAGCACGUUGCCACUUGGAGAGAAGGCGAGACGUCUUGGGCAUAUAGGUCUGAUGCAGCCGAUCCAGCCAUGAUGAAGAAAGACAAGGCUGCCCUUGAUCCAUACCGGAUCGAAUCGCGGAAAAGUAUCAACAUUAUAACGAAACACCUACCACCCGCGCCACUUCAACGCAUAGAGAAGGCGAGCGUGGAUGAAGUUUUUAUCGACCUAUCUGCACACGUACAUUCAGUCCUUGUUUCAAGAUACCCUCAACUUGCCGUCGACGAUAAUGUACAUGGCUCACUUCCUCUUCCACCACGGGACAUCGUUCUUCACUGGGAGACGGACAACCUGGUUGACCUCCCAACGAGCACCGACGAUACCCAUCGUAUUGAUUGGGACGAAAUCGCGCUGAACAUUGGUGCUCAAAUUGUACGAAACCUACGCAAGGAGAUCUUCGAGUCUCUACAUUACACCUGCUCCGCAGGUAUUGCACAGAACAAAGCAUUGGCCAAGCUUGGGGCCGGAUUUAAAAAGCCAGACCAGCAGACGGUGAUCCGAGCCCGUGCCGUGCCAUUCUUCCUCUCUACCUGCAAGAUGACCUCGAUCCGUGGGCUGGCAGGUGUAUUGGGUGUAAAGGCGAAAGAGGCCUUCGGCUCCAACAGCAUCCCUGACCUGCUUGCAAUCCCACAAAAGGAAAUAGUCGCUGCGCUCGACUUUCGUACCGCCUCUUACAGACAUUGGCCAGGCGUCUUCUUGGAUGAGAAUCUUCGCAGCGGACCUCCAGAUGAGGCGGCUCCUGCAUGGCCGUGUUUGAGUAUUGGGUUAAGUUUACAUGGAUUGGUGAAGGAGGAGCAGAGGAAUCAACUUAUCACCAGUUUCAUGCUAGCUACUCCAGGAAGACAGGACAGUGCUGAGCAGACUCACAAGCCUCCGGUACGCGACCAAGAACCAGCAAUGUGCACAAAGGCACUAGCACCACGCAGUGUCGAGACGACCGUUAAUGCAACUGCUGACGGUUACUCGUGUCCAACCUGUGGGAACAUGAUUGCACCUACUGACGUCCUCGAGCAUUUGGAUUGGCACGUGGCAUGCGCAUUGCAAGAGCGUUUUUAA